AUGGCCGCCAACGUUUCCAGCGACCUCAUCUGGCAGCUCACCCGCACCCAGAAUGCUUAUCUGGUCAAGCGUAACAGCGGCGGUGGUUCUCAGUUCUCCCGUGACCCCCUGAACCUGCAGAACAAGCACUCUUUCAAGUACGCCGGCUAUGCCAACACCAAGGCGGUCGGUGUCCAGGCCACUGAGAACGGCGGUGUUGCUGUCAUCACCAAGAAGCCCAGCAACCCCCAGCAGCCUGCCAAGAACGUCGUUACCGUGACCUACGGCCCUAACGCCUCCACCCGCAAGAUCUACAAGGGUGUUGCCGACAAGACUGCCAAGAACGGCUACCGUGCUGAUGUCCGUGAGGACGCCGUCGCCCGUGUCAGCGCCAUCCGUCGCUCCCAGAAGGCCAAGAAGGAGACUCCCGCCCAGAAGCCCCGUGGUGCUAAGGCCAGAAAGGCCGAGGAGAAGUCGGAGUAA